AUGCAGAUGGUGCUGGAGGAACGGGACCUAUGGGAGGUCGUCAGCGGUGAGAUCAAGGCGGAACAGUGCGAGACUCAGUUGGACCAAGCGACGUACAAGAGGAAGUCAAGAAAGGCGAUGGCAGUGAUCUGUCUAGCCAUGGAAGAUUCCCAGCUACCGUUGGUCCGGUCGGCAAGUGGUGCAUGCGACGCAUGGUCAAGGUUGGAAGACCACUUCGAGAAGAAGAGUCUUGCCAACAAGCUGUUCUUGCGCCGUCGCUUCUUCACGACAAUGAUGGAAGAAGGCGACGAUGUGCUCGAACACAUCAACAAGCUCAAGACGCUGGCGGAACAGCUAGAAGCGGUGGGGGCUCCAGUCUGCGAGGACGAUCUGGUGAUCACACUCCUCGGCAGCCUGAGUGACUCGUAUCAAUUCUUGAUCACAGCUUUGGAGUCGCGCUCAGACACUCUUAGCUGGGAGCUCGUGACGUCUCGACUGCUUCAUGAAGAAAUGAAGCGGAAGGAGCAAGGAAUUAAAGGUGAUGAAGCUUCGCAAGGUCAAGCGUUCAUCACAAGGGACAAUCAGCGCAAAGGGCGACCAGUGAAGAAGUCCUGGCCGUGCCACAAUUGCGGAAAGAUUGGUCACUGGAUGGCGGAGUGCCCCUCGCGCAUCCAAGAAAACACGGAGAGACACCGGCCACAGCGUGCUCAAGACAGCGGCGACCGCUAUCGAUCACAACGUGCAAACGUCGCUCAAGAAGAAGACUCGGGCGACUACCUCUUUUCGAUCGGUGAAACGACAUCUGCGAAAUCGAGCGACAUCUGGCUGGUCGACUCCGGGGCGACGCAGCACAUGACGUGCUCCAAGAAGUUCAUGCGGAACUACAAGGGGUUUGACGCUGUGGAUGUCCAUCUCGCGGAUGAUGGAAUCGUCCAAGCAAUCGGCAGUGGGGACAUUGUCAUGUCGAUGAAGACACCCCAAGGGAUGAAGAAAGGUGUGCUCACAAACGUGUGGCACAUCCCAAAGUUAUCCAGAAACCUGUUCUCGGUCGGCCGCUUCACCAAGGAUGUCGGCCCAGUGACGUUCACGAAGGAUGGGUGCUAUGGAGAAGCGAAAGGGACCAAGUGGAAAAUUGGUGCCCGUGAAGGUAAAGGACUGUUCAAGCUGCAAAUGACUCCAGUGGCGCCGGAACAAGCAAAUGCAGCCAAGUCGUCGGGAUGUCAAGGGGGCACCAAGUCGUACCUCUGGCACCUUCGGCUUGGCCACACAUAG